UCUGAACAGCUGCAAGCUCACUGACGCUUGUUGUGGGGCUCUCUCUUCGGUUCUCAGCACCAGCCAGACCCUGACAGAGCUUGUCUUGGGGCGUAAUGAAGUGGGAGAUCCAGGAGUGCAGCUGCUGUGUGAGGGACUGAAACAUCCCAACUGCAGACUGCAGAUAUUAAAUUUGUCUCUCUGUCAGCUCACAGCAGCUUGUUGUGGGGAUCUCGCCUCUGCUCUCAGCACCAACCAGACCCUGACAGAGCUAAAUAUAGGGGGCCACUCAUUGGGGGCUUCAGGAGUGCAGCUGCUGUGUGAGGGGCUGAAACAUCCAAACUGCAAACUGCAGAAACUAGGAUUGUGGAGUUACGACAUCCUAGCCGAUCUUAAUGCGGGAGAUUCAAGAGCGAUGGUACUAUGUGGUGGCCUGAGGUUUGUAAGCUGUGAUCUUCGGAACUUCUUAGUGAACUGUUUCGAUAUAAGUAAAGAGAAACAUCCAGAGCUGUAUGCUGUGAAAAAGAUAAAACCUGAGCUAUGCAUAUGGUAGGUCAGUGAUAUUCAGACCUCAGUGGUUCAGGAGCCAAAUAUUU